UAUUUCCAUUCUUGUGUUUUCUUUUUGUAGUUUUUCCCUCAUUUUCCUGAAACUUUUUAUUUUUCUUCAAUUGAAAUGAAAUCAAAGGCCUAGUCUUUCACUGUUUCUCCUCCUCUCAUGGCCUCUUUGAAGCUGGGCUCCAAAUCCGAUGCCUUCCAACGGCAAGGCCAGGCCUGGUAUUGCACAACCGGGCUUCCUAGCGAUAUUAUUGUUGAAGUUGGAGAAAUGUCAUUUCAUCUUCACAAGUUUCCAUUGCUUUCUAGGAGCGCUGUGCUAGACAAACUCAUUUCAGAGUCUACUGAAGGGGAAGGGACAUGCUGCGUUCUCCACCUCGAUGACAUCCCUGGUGGCGCAAAAGCCUUCGAACUCGCUGCCAAAUUUUGCUAUGGCAUCAAACUAGAACUCACAGCCCAUAAUGUAGUCUAUUUACGCUCAGCUGCUGAGUAUCUUCAAAUGACUGAGGAAUAUGGCGAGGGAAACCUUAUUGUGCAAACAGAAGGUUUCCUCAAUGAAGUCCUCAAGAGUUGGAAAGACUCGAUUAAGGCUCUCGAGACAUGUGAAGAUAUUCUUCCUCAUGCUGAAGAACUCCAAAUUGUUAUCAGAUGCAUGAACUCUUUGGCCACCAAAGCUUGUAGUGACCCCAACUUGUUCAAUUGGCCUAUGGUUGGUAGUAGCUCAUUGCAGAGCCCAGGAGGUAGCCUUUUGUGGAAUGGUAUAGGAGCAGGAUCAAAAUCCAAAAGUUUGGGCUCAGAUUGGUGGUAUGAAGAUGUAUCCUUUUUGAGUUUGCCUCUUUAUAAGAGGCUUAUCUUGGCUAUGGAAUCCAAAGGGAUGAAACCAGAGAACAUAGCUGGUUCUCUUGCUUUCUAUGCUAAAUGGUAUUUACCAGGAUUGAAUAGGCAUUCGGGAGCCCCUGAAAGUAAUUCUCGGGUUAUGCCUGGCUCGUCGGUUUCAGCUCCUUCAGAAGGCGACCAAAGAGUUCUUCUUGAAGAGAUAGAGAGCCUCUUGCCCAUGCAAAAAGGUGUGACCACAACCAAGUUUUUGCUUGGGCUACUUCGCACUGCCAUGAUUUUACAGGCAAGCCAGACUUGUAGAGGAAACUUGGAGAAAAGAGUAGGAGCACAGUUGGACCAGGCUUCUUUGGAAGAUCUUCUCAUUCCCAACUUGUCUUACUCUGUUGAAACUCUCUAUGAUAUUGACUGUGUUCAACGGAUGCUUGACCAUUUCCUGGUUUUGGAUCAAGCCUCAGGUGCUGUUUCUCCGAGCUUGGCUGAUGAUGGGCAAUUGAUGGAACCCAGUUCUCUUACAGGAAUAACAAUGGUAGCCAAGCUUAUCGACGGGUACCUUGCAGAGGUUGCAUCUGAUGUUAACUUGAAGCUUCCGAAAUUUCAAGCUCUAGCUGCCGUUAUACCUGAUUAUGCAAGACCCUUAGAUGAUGGCCUCUAUCGUGCCAUUGAUAUCUAUCUAAAGGCACACCAAUGGCUGACAGACUCUGAAAGAGAGCAGCUAUGCAGGCUCAUGGAUUGUCAAAAGCUCUCUCUAGAGGCCUGCACACAUGCUGCCCAAAACGAGCGCCUUCCUCUAAGAGUUGUAGUGCAAGUCCUCUUCUUUGAGCAGCUUAGACUGAGAACCUCCAUAGCUGGCUGGUUCUUUGUCUCUGAUAAUCUCGAUACCUCUCGGCCAUUGAAUGGGUCUGAUAACGACAGAGCUUUGCCGAUGGGACCUAAUCGAGAUGGAAAGGACCCACAUUUCUUAAAGGCAGGCAUAGACGAGAUGAAGUUGAGGAUGAAUGAGCUUGAGAAGGAAUGCUCUAGCAUGAAGCAAGAGAUCGAUAAGAUGGGGAAGACUAAGAGUGCGUGGAAUUCUUUAUCUAGGAAGUUCAGGUUCAGGAAAUCUCGAGUCUGCAAUGCUCAAGAUGGUCCAGUUCCUACCAACCCUGAUCAAGGAAAUGGCUAGUUUGGUUGUUCAGACAAAUUGGAAUUAUGGAGAAGUUGCACCUCUGUGUGUGUAUGUGUGUGAUGGCUCUGUUAGCUGUUUAGAAGUGUGGUUAUAGGAAGUAGUCUCCCUCUCCCUCUCUCUCUCUCUGCGCGCAUUCAUGUGUCUCAAAUUCUGAUUCUUUCUACCCUGAUUCUUUCACUAAGCCAUUCUUUUAGUGUCAUUUGUUGUAUUUCUUCAUUUGAAGGAAGGGAAUUUUGAUUGAUGUGUAUUUCAUUUUAGUAUUUGAUUAAUUUUUGGAAUUCUAAUGGUACUUAUUGUAUGGUUUUAGAGGGUUGGCAUGUGUCUCUCUUGAGAUGGAUUAUUGGGUUAGGAUCUGUCUUUAAAUGGUCUGGAUUUGAUCGAUUUGAAUUGAUGGUCUU